CCAGCCUCGGCCGCAGCAGGUCGCAGCAGGCAGCGCGCGGAGUCCUGGCACUUUCCGGAGGGGGUCUCUUGCGCCUGCCCGGGGACUGACCGCGCGCUCUCGGGCUUACCUGUCCGGGCUGCAACACCUGCACCAUGCACGCCGCCGGGACCCCCGGGGGCGCCUCCCGCGCGCGCCACGGAGUCAGCUCCACCAGUUUGCAGCUCGCGCCGCCGCCCCGGCGGGUGCUGCUGCUGCCGCUGCUCCUGUCACUGGUAAGCCGCGCCCCGGCGCAGCCCAGUGCCCUCGGCCUGGAGUCGCUGUCCUCGGAUCUCCCGGGGGUGGCCGGGGUCCCCGCCGAGGAGGCUAUAGUCAUGGCGAACCGUGGGCUCCGGGUGCCCUUCGGCCGGGAGGUCUGGCUGGACCCCCUGCACGACCUGGUGCUGCAAGUGCAGCCGGGGGACCGCUGCGCCGUGACCGUGCUGGACAACGACGCCCUGGCCCAGCGGCCCGGCCGCCUGCAUCCCAGGCGCUUCCCGUGCGACUUCGGCCCUCGAGAGGUGAGCUACUCUCAUCUGGGCGCGCGCAGCCCGUCGCGAGACCGCGUCCCGCUGCAGCUGCGCUACGACGCGCGCGGAGGGACGGCGGUGCUUCCCCUGGUGCUGGAGGUGGAGGUGGUCUUCUCGCAGCUGGAGGUGGUGACCCGGAACUUGCCCCUGGUCGUGGAGGAGCUCCUGGGGACCAGCAAUGCCCUGGACGCGCGGAGCCUGGAGUUUGCCUACCAGCCGGACACGGAGGAGUGUCGCGUGGGCGUCCUGUCCGGCUUGGGGACGCUGCCCCGCUACGGGGAGCUGCUGAACUACCCGCUACGGGGAGCUGCGGAACCAGGGCUGGCCAGCGAGGGGGGCGCCGGGGAGCCCCUCCUGAUGGACUGCAGAGCCUUCCAGGAGCUGGGCGUGCGCUACCGCCACACAGCGCCCAGCCGCUCCCCGAACCGCGACUGGGUGCCCAUGGUGGUGGAGCUGCGCUCGCGAGGCGCCCCCGCGGGCGGCCCCGCUUUGAAGCGAGAGCACUUUCAGGUGCUGGUGAGAAUCCGAGGGGGCACCGAGAACACGGCGCCCAAGCCCAGCUUCGUGGCCAUGAUGAUGAUGGAGGUGGCCCAGUUCGUCCUGACCGCGCUGACGCCGGACAUGCUGGCGGCCGAGGACGCGGAAUCGCCGCCGGACCUGCUGAUCUUCAACCUCACCUCGGCGCCCCAGCCCGGCCAGGGCUACCUGGUGAGCACGGACGACCGCAGCCUGCCCCUCUCCUCCUUCACCCAGAGGGACCUGCGCCUGCUGAAGAUUGCCUACCAGCCGCCGUCCGAGGACUCGGACCAGGAGCGGGUCUUCGAGUUCGAGCUCGAGGUGGUGGACCCAGAAGGAGCGGCCUCAGACCCCUUCGCCUUCAUGGUGGUGGUGAGGCCCAUGAACACGCUGGCGCCCGUGGUCACGCGCAACACGGGCCUCGUCCUCUACGAGGGCCAGUCCCGGCCCCUCACCGGGCCCCCGGGCAGCGGCCCGCAGAACUUGGUCAUCAGCGACGAGGACGACCUGGAGGCCGUGCAGCUGGAGGUGGUGGCCGGGCUCCGGCACGGACACCUGGUCCUUCUGGGCGGCGCCGGCGGCCGCCCCGCCCCCAAGACCUUCACGGUCGCGGAGCUGGCGGCCGGGCAGGUGGUGUACCACCACGACGGCAGAGACGGGGCCCUGAGCGACAACCUGGUGCUGCGGAUGGCGGACGGGGGCGGCCGGCACCCGGUGCAGUUCCUGUUCCCCAUCACCCUGGUGCCGGUGGACGACCAGCCGCCCGUGCUCAACGCCAACACCGGGCUGACGCUGGCGGAGGGCGAGACGGCGCCAGUCCCGCCCACCGCUCUGAGCGCCACCGACGCGGACUCGGACGACGCGCUGCUGCGCUUCGUGCUGGAGUCGCCGCCCACCGCGGGGCACCUGAUUCUGCGCCAAGCCCUCCCCCCCGGCGAGGCCGAGCCGCUCACCGGGAGCCCGUGGCGCAGACGGGGCACGUUCUACGAGAAGACCGUGACGGAGUGGCGGCAGCAGGACAUCGCGGCGGGGAGGCUGUUCUACGCGCACACGGGCCCGCACAGCCCCGGGCCCGUGACGGACCAGUUCGCGUUCCGGGUGCAGGACAGCCACGACCCCCCCAAUCAGUCCGGCCCACACAGGUUCGUCGUCCGCGUUCACCCGGUGGACCGCCUCCCUCCGGAGCCGGGCAGCGGCUGCCCCCUGCGCAUGGUGGUGCAGGAGUCCAGGCUCACGCCGCUGCGGAAGAAGUGGCUGCGCUACACGGACCUGGACACGGACGACCGCGAGCUGCGCUACACGGUGACCCAGCCCCCGACGGACACGGACGAAAACCGCGCCCCGGCCCCGCUGGGCACCCUGGUCCUGACCGAAAACCCCUCGGUGGUGGUGGCCCACUUCACGCAAGCCCAGGUCAACCACCACAAGAUCGCCUACCGACCGCCCGAGCAGGAGCUGGGCGUGGCCGCCCGCGUGGCGCAGUUCCAGUUCCGGGUGGAGGACCGCGCGGGCAACGCGGCGCCCGGCACCUUCACGCUGCACCUGCAGCCCGUGGACAACCAGCCGCCGGAGAUCCUCAACACCGGCUUCUCGGCGCCGGCGGGGGGCCGCCACACCCUGAGCGCGGCCGAGCUGCACGCGACCGACGCGGACACGGACGCGGCCCACAUCACCUUCACCGUCACGCAGGCGCCCCAGCACGGCCACCUGCGGGCGUCCGGGCGGGUCCUGCCGGCAGGGGGCGCCUUCCGCUUGGAGGACAUAGAGCAGGGUCGGAUUUCCUACGAGCACAGUGGGGACGCGUCCCUGGCCGACAGCUGCUCCCUGGAGGUCAGCGACAGGCACCACGUGGUGCCCAUCACGCUCCGGGUGGCCGUGCGGCCGCGGGAGGACGAGGCGCCGCCGCCCAGCCUUCCCGCGGGCACCCUGGGGUCCUACCUGGACGUGCUGGAGAACGGAGCUGCCGAAAUCACGGCCGGCGUGCUCGCGGGGGCCCAGCGGGGCCCGGAGGACCUGCCGCUGACCUUCCUCCUGGAGGACCCGCCCCUGCUCGGGGAGGUCCUGGUGGGCGGCGCCCCCGCGGCGCAGUUCACCCAGAGGGACGUCCUGGAGGGCACCGUGGCCUACGCCCACACGGGCGGCGAGGUAGGCCUGCUGCCCCGGGCGGACUCCUUCAACCUGAGCGUCUCGGGCGCCGCGUCCCGGGAGUGGCGCGUCGGCGGCCACUCGAUCCGGAGAGUGACCGUGUGGGUGACCGUGCUGCCCGUGGACAGCCAGGCCCCGGAGGUUUCCGUGGGGGAGCAGUUCACCGUGACCGAAGGGGACAAGGGCGUCAUCACCUCGCGGCACCUCAGCGCCCGUGACGUGGACUCCCCGCACGACGACCUCCUGUGCACCAUCGUGGCCCAGCCCGCCGCCGGCUACGUGGAGAACGUCUCGCCGGCCCCGGGCUCCGAGAAGUCCAGGGCGGGCGUGGCCGUGAGCGCCUUCACCCUCAAGGACGUGGCGCAGGGGCACGUGAACUACGUGCAGAGCGUGCACCGCGGCGUGGAGCCCGUGGAGGACAGGUUCGCCCUCCGCUGCUCCGACGGCAUCCACUUGUCGGAGACGCACUUCUUCCCCGUGGUCAUCGUGCCCGCCAACGACGAGCCGCCGGAGCUGUUCGCCCGCGAGUUCGUGGUGAUGGAGGGCCGGAGCCUGGUGGUGGACACGCCCCUCCUCCACGCCGCCGACGCCGACGUCCCGCGGGAGGAGCUGACCUUCGUCCUGGCCCGGCCGCCCGCGCACGGCCGGGUCCUGAGCCAGCUGCCCAACGGCACGGCGGCGGUGCAGAGCUUCACGCUGGACCAGAUCCUGGAGAGCUCCAGCAUCAUCUACGAGCACGACGACUCGGAGACCCGCGAGGACAGCUUCGUGCUCCGGCUCUCAGACGGGGAGCACUCCGUGGAGAAGACGGUGCUGGUGGUGGUCCUCCCCGUGGACGACGAGACCCCCAGGAUGGCCAUCAACCGCGGGCUGGAGGUCGAAAUCGGGGAAACCAAGGUCGUGAGCAACAAAAUCCUCCUGGCGACCGAUCUGGACUCUGAGGACAGCUCCCUGGUCUACGUGGUGCGCUACGGCCCGGAGCACGGCGUGUUACAGAGGCGGACGCCCACGGGCGCCUUCGAGAACGUCUCGCUGGGCAUGAACUUCACCCAGGAGGAGGUGGACGGCCGCCUGCUUCAGUACGUGCACUCCGGGCGGGAGGGCGCGCGGGACCUCAUCAAGUUCGACGUCACGGACGGCACCAACGCCCUCAUCGACCGCUACUUCCACGUGUCCGUGGGGGGCGUGGACGUGGUCUUCCCCGAGGUGGUCAGCAAGGGCGUGUCCCUGAGGGAAGGCGGGAAGGUCACCCUGACCACAGACCUGCUGAGCACCAGCGACCUGAACAGCCCCGACGAACACCUGGUCUUCACCGUCACCAGGGCGCCCGUGAGGGGCGUCUUGGGGUGCACCGACCGCCCCGGGGCGCCCGUCACCUCCUUCACGCAGCUCCAGCUGGCGGGCAGCAAAAUCUACUACGUGCACACGGCCGACGACGAGGCCAGGACGGACAGCUUUGAGUUCCAGGUCACCGACGGGCGCAACCCCGUCUUCCGGACCUUCCGCAUCUCCAUCAGCGACGUGGACAACAAGAAGCCGGUGGUCACCCUGCACGACCUGGUGGUCAGCGAGGGGGAGCACAAGCUGAUCACCCCCUUCGAGCUCACGGUGGAGGACGGGGACACGCCCGACCGCCUGCUGAAGUUCACGGUCACGCAGAUGCCGGUGCACGGCCAGCUGCUGCUCAACGGCAGCGGCCCCGCCGCCGCGUUCACCAAGCAGGACCUGAGCGAGAACUUGGUCAGCUACAGGCACGACGGCUCCGAGUCCGGGGAGGACAGCUUCUCCUUCACGGUGACCGACGGGGCCCACGCGGACUUCUACGUCUUCCCGGACACGGCGCUCGGCACGCGGAGGCCCCAGGUCCUGAGGAUCCGGGUCCUGGCCGUGGACAACAGCGCCCCCCAGGUCGCCGUGAACAAGGGGGCCUCGUCGCUCCGCACGCUGGCCACGGGCCACUUGGGGUUCGUGGUCACCAGCAAAGCCCUGAAGGCGGAGGACAGGGACAGCCCGCACGCCUCGCUGCGGUUCGUCGUGACGGGGGCCCCUCGGCACGGCCACCUGCUGCACCUGGGCCAGGGCAACCACAGCGUCUCUCGGUUCACGCAAGCGGACAUCGACGACAUGAAGAUCUGCUACGUCCUGAGGGAAGGGGCCAACGCCACCAGCGACGCCUUCCAGUUCGCCGUGGAAGACGGCGGCGGGAACAAGCUGACCGGGCAGCGUUUCCACCUGAGCUGGGCCUGGAUCUCCCUCGAGAGGGACUACUACCUGGUGCACGAGGACGCCAGGUUCCUGGACGUGGCCCUUCAGCGCAGAGGUUACCUGGGAGAGACCUCCUUCGUCAGUAUCGGCACCAGGGACGGCACGGCGGAGAAGGACAAGGACUUCAAGGGCAAAGCGCAGAAGCAAGUGCAGUUCAACCCAGGCCAGACGCGCGCCUCGUGGCGCGUGCGCGUGCUGAGCGACGGGACGCACGAGCGGUCGGAGACGUUCCAGGUGGUGCUGUCGGAGCCCGUGCUGGCCGCCCUGGAGCCGCCGGCCGCCGCCACCGUGGAGAUCGUGGACCCCGGGGAUGAGUCCACUGUGUUCAUUCCGCAGCCCGAGUUCUCCGUGGAGGAAGACGUCGGCGAGCUGUGGGUCCCCGUGCGCAGGAGCGGGGACGCCAGCCAGGAGCUGAUGGUGGUCUGCUACACGCAGCAAGGCUCGGCCAGCGGCACGGUGCCCACCUCGGUGCUGUCCUACUCCGACUACAUCUCGAGGCCCGAGGACCACACCAGCGUCAUCCGCUUCGACAAGGACGAGCGCGAGAAAGCCUGCCGGGUCGUGAUCAUCGACGACUCCCUGUACGAGGAGGAGGAGACCUUCCGGGUCCUUCUGAGCAUGCCCAUGGGCGGGAGAAUCGGGCCCGAGUUCCCGGGGGCCCGGGUGACGAUCGUCCCCGACAAAGAUGACGAGCCCGCCUUCCACUUCGGGGACGCCGAGUACUCCGUGGACGAGAGCGAGGGCGGCGUGGACGUGCAGGUGUGGAGGGCGGGCACCGACCUCUCCGGGGCCUCCAGCGUCACCCUGAGCUCCCAGAAGACCGACCCUCCGUCCGCCAGCGCCGGAACCGACUACGUGGGAAUCAGCCGGAAUUUGGACUUCGCGCCCGGCGUCGCCGUGCAGACGGUCCGCGUGGUCAUCCUGGACGACCUGGGCCAGCCGGUGCUGGAGGGAGUGGAGAAGUUCGAGCUGGUGCUCCGCAUGCCCCUGCACGCCGCCAUCGGCCAGCCGGGCAAGGCCACCGUCGCCAUCAACGACUCCGUCUCCGACCUGCCUCGGAUGCAGUUCCAGGAACGAGAGUACACCGUGGACGAAAGCGACGGGCAGGUGGUGGCGACCGUGCGCCGGACGGGCGACCUGCGGCACGGCUCCUCCGUGCGCUGCUACUCGCGGCAGGGCUCCGCGCAGGUGAUGGCGGACUUCGAGGAGCGCCCGAACACGGACAGCUCCCUCGUCACCUUCCUCCCAGGCGAGAGCAGACAGCCCUGCGUCCUCACGCUGGUGGACGACCGGCUGCACGAGGACACGGAGGAGCUGCGGCUGGUCCUGGGCAGCCCGCGCGGCGACUCGCCCUUCGGGGCUGCCGUGGGCGAGCACAGCGAGACCCUGAUACGGAUCCGCGACGACGCCGACCAGAGCAUCAUCAGAUUCGGGGAGACCAAGUUCAGCGUCCGUGAGCCUCAAGACCCCGGGCAGUCGGCGGUGGUGCGGGUCCCCGUGGUUCGCCAGGGAGACACCUCGAGGGUCUCCAUCGUGAGGGUCCACACCAAGGACGGCUCAGCCACCUCCGGGGAGGACUACCUGCCCGUGUCGGAAGAGGUCGAGUUCAAGGAGGGCGAGACCCAGCACGUUGUGGAAAUCGAAGUGAUCUUCGACGGGGCGAGGGAGAUGCGCGAGGCCUUCACCGUUCACCUGACACCAGACGAGAACAUGGUGGCAGAGACGCAGGUGACCAAAGCCAUUGUGUACAUAGAAGAGGUGACCAGCAUGGCCGACGUCACCUUCCCGUCGGUCCCCCGGGUGGUGUCCUUGCUGCUGUACGACGACGCCUCCAGGGCCAAGGACGGCGCCGGCCCUGCAUCCGGCUACCCCGUGGUCUGCGUCACGGCCUGCAACCCCAAAUACCCCGACUACGACCGCACGGCCUCCAUCUGCGCCAGCGAGAACAUCAACGACACCCUGACGCUCUACCGGUGGCUGAGCAGCGCGCCCGUGGGCGCCGACGGCGUGGCCAGCCCCCUGCGAGAAGUGGACUUGGACACCUACUUCGCGUCCACGAGGACCAUGGCCUUGGACUCCAUCUACUUCCAGCCCGGCUCCCGGCUGCGGUGCGCGGCCCGCGCCGUCAGCGCCGACGGCCGCGAGGGCCUGGAGCUGCUGAGCCCGGCCGUGACCGUCAGCAGGGACGAAGGCCUGUGUCAGCCCCGGGUGCCGGGGACCGUGGGGGCGGAGCCGUUCUCGGCAAAGCUGCGCUACCUGGGCCCCGAAGACCCCGAGCACGCGAACCUCGUGCAGCUCACGGUGACGAUGCCGCACACGGACGGCCUGCUCCCCGUGAUCUCCACGAAAGAGCUCUCCGGCUUCGAGCUCACCCUCAGCCCCGACGGCACGAGGGUGGCCAACCACAGGUGCUCGAACCUGCUGGACUACACGGAGGUGAAGACCCGCCACGGGUUCCUGACCGACGCCACCAGGAACCCCGAGGUGGCGGGGGAGGCGUACCCCUACCAGUACAGCGCGGCCCUGCGGGGGGCCGGCGCCCUGCGCUUCUACCGCAGCCUGGACCUGGGGGCCUGCCUCUGGGAGUUCGUGAGCUACUACGACAUGUCCGAGCUCCUGGCCGACUGCGGGGGCGCCGUGGGGACCGACGGGCAGGUGCUGAACCUGGUGCAGUCCUACGUGACGCUGCGGGUCCCGCUGUUCGUGUCCUACCUGUUCCACGCGCCCGCGGGGGCGGGCGGCUGGCAGCACUUCGACCUCAAGGCCGAGCUGCGGCUGACCUUCGUGUACGACACGGCCAUCCUGUGGGACGACGGCAUCGGCAGCCCCCCGGGGGCCGAGCUCCAAGGCUCCCUGCACCCCACCAGCAUGCGCAUCGGCGAGGACGGCUGCCUGGUCGUGAACUUCAAGACGGAGGCUCAGUUCCACGGCCUGUUCGUGCUGUCGCAUCCGGCCUCCCUCGCCAGCUCAGUGGUCACGUCAGCCGACCACCCAGGCCUCACCUUCUCCCUGCGCCUCCUAAGGAGCGACCCCACCUUCAGCCAGCCCACCCAGCAGUGGAGCUUCGUGUCCGACCUCGCAGUGCGGGACUACUCGGGCAGCUACGCGGUCACGCUGCUGCCCUGCACCGCUCCGCUGCAUCAGGGGUACCGCCUGCCGGUCACCUGCAGCCCCGGAGAGCCUGUCACCUUUGACCUCGACAUCCGAUUUCAGCAGGUCAGCGACCCUGUGGCAGCGGAGUUCAGCCUGAACACCCGGAUGUACCUGCUCUCCAAGAGGAGCCUCUGGCUGUCCGACGGGUCCAUGGGCUUCGGGCAGGACAGCGACGUGGCUUUCGCAGAAGGUGACGUCAUCUACGGCCGCGUCACGGUGGACCCCGUGCAGAACCUGGGCGGCUCCUUCCGCUGCAGCGUGCAGCAGGUGUUCCUCUGCGCGGGGGCCGACGGCUACGUCCCCAAGUACAGCCCCAAGGACGCGGAGUACGGCUGCCUGGCCGACUCGGCCUCGCUCCUGCACAGGUUCAAGAUCGUGGACAAAGCGCAGCCCGAGACCCAGGCCGCCGGUUUCGGCGGCGUCCUGUUCAACGCCAAGCUGGCGGAGGACGACCCGGAGGCCGUCCUGCUGGUGAGCCAGCCCGGCUCCGAUGGAUUCAGAGUGGACGCCACGCCCCUCUUCCAGGUGGCGGUGGGCCGCGAGUGGUACAUACACGCCAUCUACACGGUGAGGUCCAGGGACGGCGCCGCCGGCGGCAUCGGCAAGAGGAGCGCGGAGCGGCAGCACCACCUGGUCGCCGGGGCCCCGAGCGGGGGCCGGAGGAGGGCGCGGCGCGCCCCCGCGCUGGUGUGGGAGAUCGGGGCGGAGAACGGCCGGGGCACAGACAUCCAGCACAUCGUCCUGGACCGCACCCGCGAGAGGCAGCUGCCCGAAGGGAGAGUCCCCGCGGACGGCGCCGCGCCCCGGGAGCCCCACGGCCCCCUCCCCGAGGUCGGCCUGGCCGUGGUCACGGGCGGCCUCACCGUGGGGCUGCUGGCCCUGGGCCUCGGCGCCGUGGCCGCCGCCCUGCUGUGCCGGCGCAGGGGCCGGAGGAAGGAGGCUCCCCGGGGCUCCGGCAGCAGCCGGGAGCCCAUGAUGCCCCCGCGGAGCGGCCCCCACGGCGACAGCUCCGAGGUGUGACGGCCGUGGUGGCGUGCCCCCACUCCUCGAGCGCCUCCCACUUCAGACACUAGAACCCCGAACGCUCCAGGAAGCGCGGAGGACCGGGGACCGUGUGUGCCCGAGCUGCCUGCAGCGGCCGCCUGCGCUCACAGACUUUGACUGAGUUCCGUCCAGCGGGCAGCUCGGACCUCGGGCCGCGUCCCUCCUCCUGCCCGCGCAGCGCAGCCCCGAGCCGCGCGCACGCGGAGCUCGGGCAGCGGGGGCCGCGCUCGCCCUCCGCGCGGCUC